AUGGGCGAAGACUGCGGAGACGGUAGUUCGGCGGGAGCACCGCCGCCGCCUCCCUUCGGCGCCGCUUCUUCCUCCUCGACUUCCUCGUCCAAUCACCACGUUCCGCCAUCUCCCGGUACUUUCAAUGAAUCGCACCUUAUUUCGAUCCAUUUCUUAAAAAGAAACUGAGCUUUUUCAAAACUUUUUUUCAAUUGGAAGUUCGACACCGGUUUUUUUUUUCGAUUUCAAAGUUUAAAAGAAAAAAACAAAUCGAUGAACAUUUCACAUGAAAAAUGAGCCGUAAAUGAAAUAUUAGUUCAAGAAAACAGAUUUUAUAUUAUCCGAAUUUCGGCUUUUUCAAAAAAAUCAAUAUUCGAAGGAGAGUUUUAUAAGUUAUUAUAAAUUUUAUAAAAAAUUUUUUUAUUAUUGUAAAUAGCGCGAAUUCUAACCUAAUUCUACCAAAAAAUAAUAGUGACUUUGAGCACCCACAUGGAGUUUAUGCUACCCAAAAAAAUUCAGUAUUUUUCGAAAGUUAAUUUUGAAAAAAAUUUGGAAAAAUAAAAAAACUGCGGAAAAACAACUUGUUCUAUUUUUUUAAACAUGAAUUGAAAGAGAAUUUUGUGAAAUAAAAAAAGACGACAAAAAAAUCAAAAAAAUGGAGAAGAGCAUCAGAAGUUCAUCACAACUGCUCCGAUAAGCAAGUUUAGUUGUUAGAAAGAAAUGAUAAAAAGUUUCUCGACGGAAUCUCCGUCAGAACGAUGCAAAAAUGAUUUUUGGAUUCUUCGCAGCAGUUUCGAAAAUACCAAUAGGGCACGCUGCAAAGAGCCCGUUUCGUUGCUAGCUUUUUGUUUCGUUUCACUUGAUUACGCUUUAUCGCAUGUUUGUUGAGCGUUAUCGCGUCGCGACUUUCUGGCGCCGUUUCGUCUCGGCGGCGGUAAAUUUGAAAUAUGAAAACGGUUAUGAGAAUUUAUUGUGUUUGCGAAGUCUUUUUAUGGCUUUCUUCAUUAUUUAUUCACCUUUUCUAAAAAUUCUAAAAAAUUAUUCCAGUCAAGAUGAAAGUUUUUUAUAAUUUGGAAAUUUUUUUGACUUUUUUUAAUCGAUUUCUUCGAAUUCCUCCUUAAAAAUAAUGAGCAAGAUAUUUACUUUUUCGUAGUCUUAUCAGUAAUUAUUAAAAUAUUCUUGCUUUUUUACCUUAUUUGAAAUCGAAACCCUCAGCUUAGACUCAAAAAUAGGAUUUUGAAACAGUUCAUGGGAAUUUACUAAGGAAUAGACUAAUAAUACCCUUGAAGACAUGUAAAUUCUUUUUUUUUCGAAAACAUUUUUUAUUCCAGGUACUCGAAGCGACGUCGACUGGAGAGAUGUCAGCGACGAAACUUUCGUGGAACUUUGCGUCUUUCAUGUACCCGAUAAGCCUUUACAUAACCAGGCACGAGAAAACCUUGAAAAAAUGCUUAAAUAAGCCGUAUUAUCUCCAGGAUCUCAAGAAUCGAGCGAUGACGUCAUUGCCGAUCAACCUCACCCUCAGGCCGUCGACACGCGAGCCGAAUGUACGUCCUUCAGGCUAUCAUUGGAUAACGUGAGCAACGUUUUAGAAGACGUCCAUUUGGGCGGUGGAUUACAUCCCGAAGGGCGCGAGAUUCGGUCCGAUCGUCGGCGAAUCGAGACUCACCCCGGCGGAUUCCUCGAUGCUCUGUCCUGCCGAGGCGUCGAUGGCCGGCGCUGGCUCGAGGACCACCGAAAUGCCUUUCGAUGAGGAGAUCGAAGAAUGGAAGGUCCGUAUCGAAGGCACAGAAGCAGAAGAAACCAUUGGGUCUGACAAAGGACUUAGGGACUCCAGAGUGGUCCCUAGAGUUGAAACCUUAAUGGCACUUGAAGAUUCCCCUCUAGCGUCCACUUUACCUUCCCCUAAGAAGACACUAUAGCUUGAAGAACUUUCAUUCCGAAACUUAAAAAAUUAGCUUUUUUCAGAAUGAAAAAUAUCAACAGAACCGCCUUAUUUUCACCCCUCUAGGGGUUACUCUGGCGAUCUUUUGGUAGUUUAAAGAUGGUGCUGACGUAAUUUUUCCUUUCGUGAUACCUAUCUUCUUUCUUCUUACGCCUUUGUACCGCUUGAGCGGUGUCGGCGCCCCAAGUCGAUUAGCCGAGGUCCUAUCCUGAUAUCAGUGGACUGGCUCCAGUGACAUAUCCGUCCUUGUGUGUGACGGCUGGGGAUUUUGAAGUCGUGGUUUCCCACUACCAACAUUUCUUAAACCCCUUGGUUGGGUCGGGGCGGGGAUCGAACUUGUGACCCUGUGGACCGUAGACAGGCACACAACCUGUUCCGCUACGGCGCGCCCCCCUUUCGUGAUACCUAUCAAUAAUGCAAUUGGGGAAUAUUGGGCACAUUCUGAAUUUUUUUUUUGAAUUUCUUGUUUUUUCUUUAUUUGAAAACUCAAUAAGAACUUUCAACUUUUCUGAGAAAAGUGAGCAAAAGGAGAAAAUCGGGAAUAAAAAAAAUCAUCAAACAGUUUUUUUCAAGAUCAUCUCCCCUUCCGGAGGUCGUGUCCUGAAGACUAUCAAGGUGGUGGACAAUGCCAGGUCCAAUUGGAUGAAGUUCGUUCCGAUCGCCAGCAGCGACGAUUCCCAGAACCUCAUUGCAGCUCAGGUACUUUGGAAAAAGUUAAUUUGGAUUUUUCUGUUUUUUUUUUCUUGGCUUCCUAUCGACAGUAGACGCUCAGUUCUGGCAAACAAAUGUAUUUUGUUCUCUUUUUAUUUCAGAGACCCUAGAUCUAACUAAUUUAAGUUUGAAUCUUCAGAUCGAUCUUAACUUUUAACUUUGACUUUGACUUUAGGCUUUUUCAUUUAUUCUGACACGCUAAGUUGUCGGCUACGAGAUAUAAAUUGUGCUUCUAGAUUUACCUAACUAGGGAAUGGUCUCCAUUCGCAGUGGGACUUCUGAAUGAGACUAGGAUCACUAGAUGUAGUUUUUUACGCUGAUUCCAAAUCUGGUCUGAAAAACUGCCCUCGAGACCUGUGAAAAAAGUUAGGGGCUCUCAAAGUCGAAAAAUUUUAUGUCUUCGAUUGAGCUCAUUUUUGGAGGGUAUAUAGAUCUUGUCCCUCUUGUCACGAAAAACCAUCAAGUUUCUCUCAAAAAAAUUUCGGAGCCCAGAUAUGAACUUUCAAAGCCCCGCCUAACACAAGAGCAUGCGAGCGCGGUGUCCUAUGGCGAUCCGACGGCUGUCGAAGCAACGGCAGCGAGGAGCAGUGGUAAGGCGGCGGACUGGGGAUCACGAGGUCAUAGGUUCGGUGCCCACGCUGUGCAAACUUUUUUUGCAAUUUCUCCUUUUUUGGAUACUUUCGUCUAACUGCUCCUUUUUUGAGUUUUGAGGCGUAUAAACACGAAAAAACUGCGUUUUGAACCUAUUCCAACAGCUGAAAUUCUUUUUGUCGCAAAUUUUUUUCAUGAAAUUUUUCGUGAUUUUCCAUGUGUAUGAGCAUGAGUUGGAGUGUCAAAAUUUUCAGAAAAAAUUUUUUGGUUUUUUUUUUCUUUUUUUCUUUUUCCAAAAGCUGUCUGAACCGAAGUCAUCACAGCUACGCUGACCGACCACAGAAAAAAAUUUUUUUCUUCAAAAAACCCUUCGUUAUUUGCAGUGGGCUCACCUAUGACCAUCGCAUUUUGCCAGAAAAAUUCCCGCGAUUUGCCCCAAAUGUAAAAGAUUGAAAAUGUCCAAAAAACUUAUAUCUCAAAGAAACUUCAUUUUUCUUAUUUUCAGUUUCUUUUUUAUUUUGGAACUUUCUACUCGCCGAAGUCUGACUAUAACCUUUCAAAAUUUUCAUUGAACGGAAGUUUUUAGUAAGGUUUUUUUCUAUUAAUUUUAUUCACGGAUCAAAGGAAGCCUCCUUGAAAGUUUCAGCAAAAACCUGAAUUAAAUUUGGAUGAUUUUUUUUUUCUCGUGAAGAGUUAAGUGAGCACCGCAGUCUGAAAAAAAUUAUUGAAAAAUUUCCGCAUCAUCUAUCAGCGUAGCUGUGAUGAAUUCGGUCUUGACAGCUUUUGGAAAAAGAACAAAAGAAAAAAAAAACCAAAAAAAUUUUUUUUUGAAAAAUUUUGACAAUCCAACUCAUGCUCAUAUACAUGGAAAAAAACACGAAAAAAAUUUCAUGAAAAAAAUUUUGCGACAAUAAGAAUUUCAGCUGUUGGAAUAGGUUCAAAACGCAGUUUUUUUCGUGUUUAUACGCCUCAAAAACUCAAAAAAAGGAGCAGUUAGACGAAAGUAUCCAAAAAAGGAGAAAUUGCAAAAAAAGUUUGCACAGCGUGGGCACCGAACCUAUGACCUCGUGAUCCCCAGUCCGCCGCCUUACCACUGCUCCUCGCUGCCGUUGCUUCGACAGCCGUCGGAUCGCCAUAGGACACCGCGCUCGCAUGCUCUUGUGUUAGGCGGGACUUUGAAAGUUCAUAUCUGGGCUCCGAAAUUUUUUUGAGAGAAACUUGAUAGUUUUUCGUGACAAGAGGGACAAGAUCUAUAUACCCUCCAAAAAUGAGCUCAAUCGAAGACAUAAAAGUUUUCGACUUUGAGAGCCCCUAACUUUUUUCACAGGUCUCGAGGGCAGUUUUUGAGACCAGAUUUGGAAUCAGCGUGAAAAACUACAUCUAGUGAACCUAGUCUCAUUCAGAAGUCCCACUGCGAAUGGAGACCAUUCCCUAGUAAGCUUUAACCUAAUCUAUACAUUUCAAUUUAUCUGCUUAAUUUUUAAGGCGAGGCACAGUUUUUUUUUUGAGUUGCCGCAUGUAUAUUCAACAAUAAAGCUUGCAUUUAAUGAGAUUUCCAAAGUACAGCUUGAGCCCUGAGCUUGAACUUCUCUGAGAAAAGCAAUUCCGGAAACCGUAUUUGAAUCAUCCUAUUCGAACUUGUUGCAGUCAGGAACGGACAUCUUCUUCUACUCGAUGAAGGCGAUCAAGCCGAACACGGAGUUGAGUUUCUGGUUCAGCCGCGACUACGCCCGCAAGUUCAACUACCCAAAAUCCUGCCAGCAGAUCACCAAGAGUUUGUCCAAAAAUCGUCUCGAAAAUCCACGAAAUCGAAAUCUUGCAGUUAAUCGAUCGUCGCUGGCGCAAUCGGCUGCGGCGGAGAGACCUUGUUCGCCUCAGCAGGCCAUCGAUUACAGCGUCAAGAAGGAGGUUGAUCUCGAAGGGGUCGCUUCAGGGACUGAGACGGUUUUUCAGCAGGAUGUACUACUCGAGGCGUCCAGCGCCGAUGAGAAGUCCUACAGCGACUCUGAUUCUUUCAUGGACGAGGCCACUAGCGAAAAAAGCAAUAUUUCGCAAAGGUAUAGCUGGAGACUCGGAGAAAGCUUCACUUAAAAAAUAGAUAAGCAUGCACAUGUUUAGAGAAAAAAAUUCGAAUUGGACUUCACGGCUUUUUCUCAUUUCGCUGAACCGACACGAUGUUUCAGUUCGACUCCGCCAUCAACGGCUUCGUCGACGGCCGCAGCCGAAUGCCAAUCUCGGCCCAACGUGAUCCAGAAUCCGGUGGUUCGGCCGGUCCCGACGCGCGUCACCUCCUUCUCGACGCCAGUUCGGCCCUCGCCGCUCAACCCGCUUACCAUCUUCCAGGACUACUUCCGUCGCACACAGCAGCUCAGCGAAUCUUUGAGUUAGUCUGUUUUUUUGCAUAUAUUGUUCUCCACUAAAAUACCGAGAUGCGUUGUCGCUGGCGGCUCAUUGACUGCGAAAAUGCUGCUCUUUCGCCACGCAGAUCUUGGAUUUCCCUCGGCCCGAAUUCGCUCUGUUCUUGGCGUGAACUCGCAUUUUGAAAUUUUCGAACAUUUUUUAGUCCGUGAGAAAAGCGAGAAAAAUGCGAGUUCGGAGCAGUUCAUUUGCGAGAUUUUCAAUGUACCGCCACCGUCCUCGCUUUUUUCCCUCUCGCACCUGACUUGGCAAUCAUCUUUAGUGUUUUUUUUUUCAAAUCAUUACAUUCUACCUCAAAUGCAGAAGAAAGGGUUCAAGAAAAACAUAAGGAUUUUGAAAGCAAAAGACAAAUUUGUAGAAAAGGGGAUGGUUUGCAAGUGAAGCCUUAGCAAGAAAAUAACUUUUUAGCUCUCAAAGUUACUCAAAUAAUCGACAAAUAUUUUCUGAUAUUCCUCAAAACGCAUGGAAAACCUUGGUAUAGAUGUAUGUCGACGAAAUCUGUGUCAGACCACGUCAUUCGUCGCAAAUCGUCUAUUGAACUGUUUUUUUUUGUCUGAAAGAUUAUCCCUCAUGUUAACUUUGAACUCUCUUGGCUAAAAAUUUUUUUAUAUAGUUAAAACUUUCUCUUUUUUUUAACAAACUUGGCAUCCAACUUUUUUUACCUCGGAAAGAGAAAAACGGCAGUAAGGUUAGAGAUUUGAAAAACACUACCUACUUGUCUAUUAUAUAUACACUCUUUUCUUUAUUUCUUAAAUUCCCAUAAGACAAAUAGUGAAAUAUCUCCAUUCAUUCAAAAAUUCCCUCGAGAAAAAAAAGGUUGCCUCGAAGGGUCGCAAGUAGGUCGAAAGCUCUCAAAGCGUUGCGAAAAAAGCAGUUUCAAGUUUUUUUUUUCACAAAAAAACUCUCUCGAUCAAAUCAGAGUAAGGUUCACAAAAAACGACGUAGAUAGUUCCAAAUUUACCACCUGCGAAUAUCGCAAUUCCGGUACGGGCAAUAAAAUCUUCUUCAUCCACUCGAACAUUGCCUCAAAUUCGAUUUAGCUAAAAUUGCAGGCGGAGGUCUUUGGGUGCCGCCGGCGGCCCAGACGGCUGCUGUCGCGGCAUCUGGAGGUCGGGUGACGUCAGGACAGCCUCUCGACGUCCAGCCGGUCCUCGCCGCGACCGCCGGGGCUCACUUUGGCAACUACGCGGCCAUCUACGGCAGCCAGGACUUUCCUCAUGAAAUCAAGCCGUUGUUCACGACGGCAACGCCGACAUUCGGCGGCGGCGGCUCUGGAGGCAUGGGUGGACACUUUGGCGGCAGCGGUCAUGCCGGCGCUUUCCAUUCGACGUCUUUCGCUCCACCGUCAACGCCCUCGCAACAUGACGCCGGUUUCAGUGGCAUGCCUAACGUUUGACUGAAUCUUCCUAACCAAAAAUAAUUCAUAAGUUCAGUAUGUACAGCAGCAGGAGAACGGGAAGACUCGCUACGCCUGCAAGGACUGCCACAAAACAUUCGGCCAGCUCUCGAACCUCAAGGUUCACGUCAGGUUUGGCACGUCUUCUGGAGGCGUUUCCUUGAUCGAGUUCUUUAGAACGCACACCGGAGAACGACCCUUCAAGUGUGAAGUCUGCGGAAAGGAAUUCACGCAACUCGCGCACUUGCAGAAGCAUCACCUUGUACAUACAGGUGAGAAGAAAUGGGACUCAGAACUUUUUUGUUCAGAGGAAAAUGAAAACUUCUGAACCAUGGCUUGGAGUGAAUCAAGGCUAAUUUGUUCUUCAGGAGAACGACCUCAUCGAUGUGACAUCUGCGACAAGAGAUUUUCGUCGACGUCGAAUCUGAAGACGCAUCUGCGACUCCACAACGGCCAGAAGCCGUACACCUGCGACGUCUGCAACGCCAAGUUCACGCAGUACGUCCAUCUCCGGCUCCAUAAGCGACUUCACGCUAAUGAACGGCCUUUCUCAUGUGGCACCUGCGGCAAGAAGUAUAUCAGGUUCGGAAUUAUUAUUAUUGAAGUUUUUAUAAAUAGGAUUUACUCUUCUUUUACAAGGUUUAGCAUCACAGUAUCUCCAGUUAUUGAUUGAUUUUUAUAGACUAAAAACCGUAAACAUUUCUCUUUCAGCGCCUCCGGACUGCGGACGCACUGGAAGACGACGACGUGCAAGGAGGAGGAGAAGGACAUCAAGGACGAGGACGAGCUCUCGCUGGUCGACGAGCUCGACCUCCGAGGUCCGGCCUUCCGACAGCCGACGCCGGUUCAGCAGAUGCAGGCCCCGCCUCCGCCGCUCCAACAGCAGCAGAACAUGCAGCCGGUCCCCCAGCAGCACAUGCUCCAGCAUCCGUACGCCUCGCUGCCGUCGUUGCACUCGUCGAUGACGUCGUCGCCGGCCAUGCCAAGCAGCAGCCAUAUGCAUCAUCAUCAGCCCCCACCUCCUCCUCAACAUCAUCAACAACUGCCGCCCCUUCACAGUACUAUGAACCAGAUGCACCAUCAUCAUCACCACGAUCCCACAAAUCCUCUCCACACCCCUCUACGGCUACCUGACCUCAAAGGUGGCAUGUUACCUGGUUUAGGCGCCCUUGGCUAUCAAUAG